UGCGACAUUUACCAAUCCACAAAAUUUUCACAUACUCCGCUUCGGUUGUAUUUUGUCGUUGUUUCCAUUCGCUGCCCGUCAUCAAAUCUCAUCGCAUGUUGCCGACAAUCGACGCAUCAUGCCGACUCUUUCGUGUAUUUUAAUAUCAUUGUCUCCCUCAGCUGUGGCUGCCUCCUGCUGCUCUCGGAAUACCAGCUUUCCCUUGUCAAGAGAUUUCCCCUGUGCUAUCGGUCCCCCAUAGCGAUUUACAAUGGAGAAGGACAUCGAAGCAAUGUCGGCUAGCCCUAGUGGCAGCUCCGACUUAUCCCAAGGAAAGGUUGAAUUUCCUCCCGCACCCACCGCUUUCGGUCGCUUCGUGGACGGUUUCAAACGGAAUCCCCAUGCCCGGGUGACGACCCAGGCUAUCGAUGCCAAUGGCAGAGUGCUGCCAGACCAGCCUCCUGCCGAGCCAGCUUUGGCGAUGAAGCUGAAGGAGCGCCAUCUCCAGAUGAUUGCGAUUGGCGGUUCCAUUGGGACUGGCCUCUUCGUGGGUUCUGGUUCUGCUCUUGCCAAUGGAGGUCCUGCAUCAUUGAUUAUUGCCUACGGCCUCAUAGGCAUCACUUUGUACUGCACCACCCACGCUCUUGGUGAACUCGCAGUGCAAUACCCUGUCGCUGGUGCUUUCUCCGUUUACGCGAGUAGAUUCGUGGACGAGGCCUGGGGCUUCGCAAUGGGCUGGAACUACGCACUCCAAUGGCUCGUCACUCUUCCGCUAGAGAUUGUCGCUGCGUCUCUUACACUCGAAUUCUGGCCUGGCAGUCGCGAUGUCAAUGGGGCGGCUUGGGUCACUAUAUUCCUCGUGGCCAUUAUCCUGAUCAACUUCUUCGGCGUUAAAGGCUACGGCGAAGCUGAGUUCGUCUUUUCGAUCAUCAAAGUGAUUGCUGUUAUCGGCUUCGUCAUCCUGGGCAUCAUUAUCAAUACCGGUGGUGUCCCGGGAGAUCAUCGAGGCUAUAUUGGUGCCCACUACUGGUAUGACCCGGGCGCUUUUAAUCACGGAUUCAAGGGCUUGUGCUCCGUGUUUGUCACCGCCGCCUUCUCCUUCAGUGGAACUGAGUUGGUCGGGCUGGCUGCUGCUGAGACUGAGAACCCUCGCAUCGCGCUCCCUACGGCCGUGAAACAAGUCUUCUGGCGAAUUGCCCUGUUUUACAUGGUCUCGCUCACCAUCGUUGGCGUCCUCGUUCCCUACAACGACCCACAACUUCUGAACGGCAGCUCCUCAUCGGACGCCAACGCUUCUCCAUUCGUCAUUGCCGUCCGCAACGCCGGUAUCGAUGCCGUUCCUUCUAUCAUGAACGUCGUCAUCCUCAUUGCGGUUCUUUCCGUUGGGAACUCGUCCGUCUACGGCUCCAGCCGUACGCUCGCUGCUCUCGCGGACAUGGGACAGGCCCCUAAGAUAUUGGGCUAUAUCGACCGUGAGGGCCGUCCCUUGGUUGCCAUCAUUGUAUCUUCCCUCCUCGGAUUUCUGUGUUACAUUGUCGCGGCUGGCCCCGACACCACCACUCAAGCUUUCAAUUGGAUGAUUGCUAUCAGUGGUCUUGCUUCGAUUUUCACUUGGGGCACUAUCUGUCUAUGCCACAUCCGCUUCCGCAGCGCCUGGCGCCUUGCCGGCCGGUCCUUGGACGAACUCGCCUUCAAAUCACAAGCUACUGUGUAUGGCUCGUGGAUCGGCCUGAUCAUGAAUAUUCUGAUUCUCGUGGCGCAAUUCUGGACCGGCUUUGCACCCGUUGGCUAUGCCGACAUGUCUGCUUCAGAGUUGGUGGAGAAUUUCUUUGAAGUCUACCUCGCAGCACCUAUCGUCCUUGCCAUGUAUAUUGGCUAUAAGCUGGUGAAGAGGACCAAGAUCCGGAAGAUCAGUGAGAUUGACAUUACGAGCGGGCGAAGAGAAAUCCACAAUCUCAGAGAGAUUCUAGAGGAGGAGCGCAGGAUUCAAGCCACUUGGCCAUGGUGGAAGAAGAUCUGGAAGACAGUGUGUUAGAAGCGUCGACCUUGAUGUGACGUGCACAUGUACACACAAGUAGCAGAGUAAUGUUUAUUUGCCAGGACUCAGUGAGGCCUUCACACGCCCAGUGGGAACUAAUAGUGUCGUAAACAG